AUGGCCGCUGAUGCAUCAACGAUUUCCACAUUUGGAGAACUAUACCCUGUGCUGAAGCAAGAUAUGAUUGAACUUAUCAAUCUGGUGGAUGGACUGGAAACAGAGCAGAACAGAGCAGUAUUGAAUCAGGCGGCCAUUAACGAUUUGACCCAAAGAAUUGCUGAGGGAAAACGCCGGUAUAAGCCAGCACACCAAAAGGACUUGACCAAGGUAAUGCAUGCAGCAAUGGGUUACAUGGCAGAAGACGUUGGUGACCUGAGAGCCCUGGUUAUGUUGAGGCGCGAGAGUUACUUUACCAAGACUAUCUUCUACAAUGCUCAUGGUCCUAAUGCAGCCGCCAUAAUUGCAGCAGCGAACCAGUACAAUCAACGUAUCCAAGUCUUCCGGGGGGCCGUAAGUGUCAGUGAAGAAGAACACGACUGGAAUCAAGAAAAGAUCAAGGAGGACUCCUAUCAAGAACCCGACACUUGGCAUCUUAGAAAAUGGUGA